UCUCUUUAUUUUUGGUUUUGGGGUUGCAAAAUGGGGAGAAUUUUUGGAACUCCAAUUCACCCCCCUCUUGGAGUGCAUUGAGUCAACAAUUGGUAUCAGAGCAAGGGCUCCAAUUUGAAGGUUUAACCACCUAGGAGUUGCGGGAAUGGCUCAAUUUCUAUCUUCUCAACCACUUGAAGGUUUGUCUACCACAAGCCUCCUUUCUUUGAUGGUACUAAUUAUAAUUAUUGGAAGAAUAGGAUGAAGGUCUUCAUGCUUGCAAAUGUGCCCAAGGCAUGGAUUGUGGCUAUGAAAGGUCCAUAUGUGCCUAUGAAAGUAGCUGGGGAAAGUGAGGUGCCAAAGGAAGAAGUUGAAUGGAAUGAUGAAGACUUGGUGAAGAUCAUGAUCAACAACAAAGCAAUCAACAUGCUUCAAUGUGCUCUCAAUCCAACGGAAUUCCAUAGAGUUUCCGAGUGUGAUACGGCUAAGGAGAUGUGGGACAUGUUGGAGGUAACACAUGAAGGAACAAGCCAAGCGAAGGAGUCAAAAAUCAAUAGACUCAUUUACAUGUAUGAGCUUUUCAAGAUGAAACCGGAGGAGAGCAUUCAAGAUAUGUAUACAAGAUUGAAUGAUAUAGUCACCAAUCUCAAGGCUCUUGGUAAAGUCUAUCUUUCUCAAGAAGUAGUGAGGAAGGUUCUUAGAAGCUUGCCCAAGAAUUGGGAAGCCAAAUUGACCACAAUUGAAGAGUCUAAGGAUCUCAACACCCUCAAGCUUGAAGAUCUCAUUGGAAAAUUGAUGACAUAUGAGAUAGAAGUUCAAGUUGAUGGUGGAGUUGAAGUAGUUGAGAAGAAGAAGAAAAAUGUUGCUUUCAAGGCUAGCAACCAAAAGGAAGAGAGUGAAGAUGAUGCUAGUAAUGAUGAGUCUAGCAAUGAGGAGGACAUCACCAAAUUGAUUUCAAAAGAAGUGAAGAGAUUCAUGAAGAAGAACAUCAAGAGCAAGCUUGCAAAAAGAGAUGAAGGAGAGUCUACCAAAAGGAGUGUGAAAUGCUAUGAGUGCAACAAGAUGGGGCACUAUAGAAAUGAAUGUCCCAAAUUGAAGAAGGGUGAAAGGAAAAACAAGAAGAGCAUGAAGAAGAAAGCUUUUACCGCCACUUGGAGCAAUGAUGAGACUAGCUCAACGGAAAGUGAAUACUCCUUGGAAAAUGGUGUCGCAAAUCUUUGCUUCAUGGCUCAAGAGGAUAGCUACAAUGAUGAGGAGUUUACACCAAAGGAUAUUUGUGUUGUAUUAGCUAUACCUGAAGUAGAAGAUGAUAAGUUUGAGAAUGUAAAUCAUGCAUUAGUUAGAGCCACAAUUGCCCCCAAUUGCACUGAAAAUCAAAUUAAAGUGGGGUCUCUUACACCAGAGAAUAGAGCAUUGCAAUGGAUUAUAUCUUACAUUAUUGCUCAGAGGAAGGGUUCUAAAUCUUAUGUUCUUGCUAGUGAUCUUCCCUGGUUCGACUAUCUUCUUAACAGAAAAAGGGUGAACCUAGGAAGAUUCAUUUUCCGAAGCAUAAUCAAGCCUUACUCACCAACUACGGGACUUCCUCAUGGUGCUUUAAUUACCAGAUUGGUGAAGAGGAACAAUAUUGAUCUUACAUCCUUUAGAAAUGGCAUUUGGAUAAAGAAAGGGGAACAAGAAGGGGAUGAAGAAGAAGGUGAUACAGAUCAAGAAAUGGCAGAACAAGGGGCAGAAAAACAUGAAGGUGACAGCCCAAGACCAUUUCGAGUCUCCAUGCAAAGAACUAACCGUAAAACCAUGGAGUUGAUGAUAAAUGAGAUGCGGCAGCUGCACACUGACUUCUAUGAUUUCCGGACAAAAAUGAGAGGGAGAAUGGAUACCGUGGAUUGAAAACUUGAUCAUCUUGUUAACCAUUUUUUUCCUCCACCCCCACCUAAUGCCAACUAACUUGAUAUUUCUUCAGUAUUGGCUAAUUUUUAGGAUGGACAUCUUAGGCUUAUGUAUGUUAAGUUUAUCUAUGUUUUUCUUCAUCUUGAACCUUUUAUCAUGUAUUAUGAAUUCUCAUGGCAUUUGACUUUGGUAUGAUAUAAUCUUUGUGGUAUGACUUGUGUUGAUAUUGGCAUGACUUUUGGGUAUUGAUUGUCUAUGAUUUUGAUGAUUAUAUGCUCUUAUUGAGGGGGAGUUUAUUGGUUGAUGAUUGUAUUCAUGACUUGGUUGUCUAUGGUGCUAUAUUGAUGAUGAUUAAUGAUUAUAUUCAUUACAUAUUCUUGAUGCUUUAAAGGUUGAUAGCAUGAAUUAAGGGGGAGUUUAUUG